ACGCAGACGACGAAGACGACGCAAUGGAUGAGCCUUCGACAUCAAAUACAUCGGAUCCUGGAGGUGGUAGUGGUGGCAGUACUGGCGACAACGAUGAGAAAGAUAUAUCAGCUUGCGCUGGUUGCCUUAAUAGUAUCGACGAGGAAGAACUUAUUCAAGCUCUUGGUCAAGAAUGGCAUAUCGACUGCUUCAGAUGUUCAGUGUGCGAUGCGGCAUUAUCCUUAUGGUACUUUGAGAAGGAUGGGCUUUUAUUUUGUAAAGAUGAUUACUGGACAGCUUAUGGUGAGGCAUGUCAAAGCUGCGGCCACGUUAUCACCGGUCCUGUGAUGUUAGCCGGCGAUCACAAAUUUCAUCCAGAAUGCUUCGCUUGCAAUUUCUGUGGGACUUUUAUAGGAGAUGGCGAAAGUUACGCCCUAGUGGAAAGAUCAAAAUUAUACUGCGGUAUUUGUUACAAACGACAAACGCAACCUCUUACCAAAAUGGCUAAUCAUCCGUUUAUCAGAAAGCCACACAGUAUAAGACUCGUAGAGAUCCCUCCAAAUACUAACAGCCAAGAGAAACAGCGAGGAAUCAGAUUGACGUUAGAUACUACACCAAGUCCAAGGAGCUGCGGUGGUGCACUUCUUCGUAUUUCAGAGUUAUUAAGAAACGUUCGUGGAAAGAUCUGUAAGCUGGUGGCCUCUAUGACGGAGGUUCUCUUUAGGCUAUGCUGCCACUUCUCUAAUUAUAGACUUAACAUGUCCAAUGAUCUAAUGUCAUUGCAUAUUGGCGAUCGCAUAUUGGAAGUUAACGGGACACCUGUGAAAGAUCAACCUAUAGAAAGCAUCGAAAAUCUUAUUAGAUAUUCGGAUACAGUUUUGCAACUCACGAUAGAACAUGAUCCAGACACGGUGUCGCGCCGACCAGCAUUUUCCACGGCUCACUCAUCCAUAAUAUCGCGGACAUCAAGUCCGAAGACGAGUCCUGAGAGUAAAGACAGAUUAUUUAAGAGGCGCGAUGAAGGUUAUAUAAGCGGUACGAGAAGCAGACAAUUGCGGAGGACAAAGGACCCGAAGCAAAAGGAACGGAGUAGUUCAAUGUCCCGAUUACUCGAUGGAACGUCACCGACCAAUCCAACUUGUGACUUAAGUCGAACCCGAUCAUUUCGCGUCGAACCAAAGAAUCAAAGGAUAUUCAGAGCUAGCGAUCUUGUCAAAGGAGAACUACUCGGUAAAGGAUUCUUCGGACAAGUUUAUAAAGUAACUCAUCGAGAUACCAAUGAAGUUAUGGUGCUUAAAGAAUUAUACCGAGUUGAUGAAGAGGCACAAAAAAACUUUUUAAAAGAGGUCGCCGUAUUGCGCUCACUUCAUCACAACAACGUACUUCGCUUUAUCGGCGUUCUUUAUAAAGAUAAAAAACUUCAUCUCGUCACUGAGUUUAUAUCGGGUGGCACGCUUCGAGCCUUGCUCCACGACACGACCGAGCCUCUGUUCUGGGAGCAACGCACUUCCUUUGCAAAGGACAUUGCCGCAGGAAUGGCCUACCUUCACUCCAUGAAUAUCAUUCAUCGUGAUUUGAAUUCGCACAAUUGUUUAGUGCGCGAGGAUAAGACCGUUGUCGUAGCGGAUUUCGGCCUGGCGAGAAUAAUUCAAAAUGGCAAUGCGCCUGACAAACAAAGUCCUGGUAGGAUAUGUUAUCUUUAUACUAUUUUAUUUUAUUUUCAAUUGCAACGUAAAUUAGUAGAUCUUAAUUUUAAUUGCCGCUUGAAGUAUGAAAAUUAA